AUGACUAUGAACGACGACAAUAAUAACGUGAGUUUCAAAAACGCCAAAAUAGAAGAUUCAAAUGAAAUAAAUAAGGUCACAAGCACAAUGAAAGAUAUUACCGCCGAUGACGCUUUUGUCCCCAUGUGUCAAUUAUCAUUAAGAUUAUUAGACGGUAAAAGUGUUAAACAUGACUUUAAAUCCACUGACAACUUGGAAAUCGUCAGAGACUGGUUGAAUGAAAAUUAUGAUAUUUUACCUCAACCUAGUAUGCCAUCUUUUGCGAAAGAUCAUUCCUUCCCUUCCGAUUACACUUUUCAAAGUCCUUCUUUCCCCAGAAUAACUUAUUCAAAAAAGCAAGAACAUGAAACCCUCGAACAGUUGGAGUUGUUACCUCGUUCGGUAUUGACUUUAAAACCAAUGUAUACUGAGAUUGUUAGAGAAAGGAGGUCCAUGUUUGAUAUAGCUAAAAGCAAUUUGAGUGUAUUCACCAACGCUGUUUAUUCAUUCUUCGAUUAUAGUGUUGUUGAAAAUGAAGAGUUCGAAGAAGUUGAGCCAAAUCCAGUUCAUGUUUUAGCUAUGAAUAAAAUGGAUAUAAUCGAUCACAAAGAACAUCAAACACCUGUUGUUCAACCUGAUAUUGAAGUAAAAUCACAUGAUGGACCCAGAAUGAUAAAUCAAAGAUCAAUAACCAAAAUUCAAACGGUUGCAGAAAAGAGUGAAAAAUAA